AAGUAUAGGAUGAUAUGGCAGGAGGAAGCACUGAUCCGGAUAUAUCCAAGUUGGUUCUCCUAGCUAGCGGCUCAUUCGACCCUAUUACCAACUAUCACAUCAGAGUCUUCGAGCUGGUGAAGCACUACUUCUCGUUAAAAGGAUGUGUGGAUGGCAGGGCUAUAAUCUCACUUACUCCUAAAACUACUAACACAAACCAGGAUUCCUCUGAGACCCAGGAUCGGAUAAAGAUGUGCGAACUCGCAACCUCCAACAUUCCUAACCUAGUUAUCGACGAAUGGGAGUACAAUCAGCGAUGUUACACGGUUCUUCCUAAAGUUAUUAAUAAACUGGCGGACAAGUAUUGCUCCACAGAGUUUCCUUUUUCAGGUGAUACUAUUGCAGUGAUGUUGACUGAAGAGCAGGUUUCUCAAAUAACGCAGUGGCCUCAGAGUGAGGUGGACGAACUGAUUACCAACAAGAAUGUUGUAUGUGUGACACCAAACCCUCAUCGUGUUAUCAACAUUGUCCAGUUCUGUGCUAAAUUCUCAGCAUAUGAGGACAAUAUACACCUGAUAAUAGACCACGCAAACACGAGCAAACCAAACGUGCGGCAAGCUGUGGCCAACGAGCAGCCCAUUGAGGAACUUGUCGCUCCACAAGUCUGUAAAUACAUUACAGAACAGUAUCUGUACAAAGAGUACGAGAAAGAAAUAGAGUGUUCCCACCUUGCACUUCAGAUGUCCCCGAAGAGUCGAAUCUUACUCCCCAGAAUCAGAAACACAGCUAAUUCCUCGAAUCAUGGACAUAAACAGAAAAAAGAAAUGGCACCAAAGAUGGGCGAAUUCCUGAAGAUUCAACGCAUGACUAAAACUAUUCCAAGAUUUUGACAGUGUUCGACUGGAGGGCUAGAAAUAUAGAGACAGCUUACAGUGAAAUGUUGCAGAAAAGACGUGACUUCUGGCCCUCUUUUCACAACUGAAGACAAAGUGCUGAUUAUCCUCUUCACCCUCAAGUUCAAAGAUCUCAUUUCAGAAGAACUGAUUUAUCCUCAGAAAAUUAUCACAUGAUUGGUCGCUUUUACAUGCGCAUGAUAUAAUGGUCAUAUCCAUAAUCGAUGACCCAUGGGUUAUGUAAGACGUGGCUUGACUAAUAAAAAUACUCCGUCAAUUCAAAUCAACUAAACUGUAAACAGGACCACCGAAGCAGAGCCCAGUUUUUAAUCAUGGAUAUGACUUUUAUCAUCAGCAGAAUUGCAUAAAUAUAUUGAUAUCAUCAUGACUAUCAUAGCCUAGAUCGUGUAAAUAUUGACUCUCAAAAAAAUGAAAGUUAUAAUUAUGAUAGUCAGACAAUGUGAUAAAUUGACACAAAUAGGUUUGUGAUGAUAUUAAAUUUGGGAUAUGUUUGUGUCCGCUGAAGUCAUCUCUUUUCGGAUAUUUCGCAAUUUGUAACCUAAAAUUGUUAAUGUACGUUUUAAUCUCCCUUUGUGAUUUACGAUUUGAAAUCGUUUAAU